CACCGUUUGAGUUAGCAUAGAUCCAUGCCAGACCAGCAAACCCAUAUGUCAAGAUCGGAUCCGCUAGGGAUCGGGUCGGGUACAGGUCUCCGGCUAGCAACGGCAGACCUAUCUCCCCAUUUCGCAUCUCUCUUGCGUAUCUUGCCGCUUCUCUCCCUCGCUCGCCUGGGCCGCCGCGUCCUCCUCCACCAUCGCAGAUAAGCCCCCGCCACCCUGCCUCCGCCAUCUCUCUCUCUUGUGAUCCCCCUUCCUCACCCGCUGUCUCUUUCUUUCCCUCGUCGCCAGCACCUCAUCCACUGCCGCGGCGGCUCCGCCGUCUCUCUUGCAACGGCUGCGGCAUGAGAUCUCUGCUCUCUCGAGUGUCGGAAUAUUCCCGAACUGCUCUCUUUCAAAUCCUUCCAAAGAGGGCCAUCACAUGACGCCAAAGCUACCCAUUCACCUCCCGCCUCACCUUAGCAUCAACUUCCUCAAGUCGUACUUGAAUGCUGGUCAGUUGGAUCGUGCCCGUGAGCUGUUCGAUAAAAUUCCCCACCCAGAUCUCCGCUCUUUAACAGUCCUAAUCUGUGGUUACACGAAGCAAGGUCUUUCCAAAGAGUCAAUAAGUCUCUAUUGGAAGCUCCGCAGGGAGAAGGAUCUCAAGCCUGACAGGUUGGUUCUACUCUCUGUUGCAAAGGCAUGCGGCCAUUCUUCAGAUCUUGAUAAAGCCAAAGGGAUACAUGAAGAAGCUAUCAAGUUUGGGUUGGAUUCCGACCUUCUACUGGGAAAUGUAUUGGUUGAUACGUAUGGGAAAUGUGGAUUCAGUGAGGGGGCUAGAAGAGUCUUCAAUGACAUACCCGAAAAGGAUGUUGUAUCUUGGACUUCACUUGUAGCGGCUUAUGUAAAUUGUAGGCUACCAAUAGAAGCACUGCAGGCUUUUCGUGAUAUGCUGUCAUCCGGGAUGAAGCCCAACUCAGUGACUUUGUCGACGGUUCUUCGUGUGUGCUCAGGAUUGAAAGCUUUGAAUCCCGGCAAGGAAAUUCAUUGUUUUGUGCUAAGAAAUGCAAUAGAAGAUGAUGCUUUUAUUGGCAGUGGACUAGCGGAUGUGUAUGCUAAUUGCUCAAGUACUCAACAAGCAAGGAUUGCUUUUGAUAGCAUUCCACGGAAAGAUAUCGUGUCGUGGAUCGUAAUUUUAACAGCAUAUUUCUCUGAUGGGAACUCUGAGGAGGCUUUGAAACUUUUCGAGCAGAUGAAAUCUGAAAGAGUUGCAAUGAGUUCUGCUUCUUGGAAUUGUAUGAUUAGUGGAUUUGCACAAAAUGGAAGAACAGAACAGGCAUGUGAAAUGUUGGCUCAAAUGCAGCGUUUAGGCUUUAAACCCAACAAAAUUACAAUAGCAAGCAUAUUGCCAGCUUAUACCAAUCUUGAGAGCUUAAGGGGAGGGAGGGAGAUACAUGGGUACAUUUUUAGGCACAAGUUUGUGGACGACAUGGUGGUCAUGACAGCUCUAGUUCUCAUGUAUGCCAAGUGUGGAGACUUGGAUAAGUCCAGAGGGGUCUUCAGCCAAAUGCCUAGAAAGGACACUGUUGCUUGGAACACAAUGAUAUUGGCAAAUUCUAUGCAUGGGUGUGGCAAGGAAGCAUUGUCACUGUUCCACCAAAUGGUAGAGUUAGGGGUGAGGCCUAAUUCAGUCACCUUCACAGUGGUUUUGUCUGGUUGCAGUCACUCACGGCUUGUUGAUGAGGGCCGGUCCAUUUUUAACUCAAUGAGCAGAGACCAUGAGCUCAGACCCGAUGCAGACCAUCAUGCCUGUAUGGUCGACAUCCUAUGCCGUGCUGGUCAUCUCAAAGAGGCAUAUGAAUUCAUCCAAAACAUGCCAAUGGAACCGACCGCUAGUGCAUGGGGAGCACUGCUUGCUUCUUCUAGAGUAUAUAAGAAUGUUGAGUUUGGAAAGAUUGCGGCAGAACAUCUGUUUGAAAUUGAACCAGAAAACCCUGGGAACUAUAUCUUGCUAUCGAACAUGUUAGUCGCUGCCAGAAUGUGGGACGAGGCUUCAAAGAUCAGGACUUUGAUGAGAGAUAGGAUGAGGGGCAGGGGAAUUGCAAAAGUGCCUGGAUGUAGUUGGAUUCAAAUAAAGAACAAGAUCUAUACUUUUGUUAAAGGCGAUGAUAGAAAUGCACAGAGAGAUGAGAUAUAUGGUUUUCUUAAAGAUAUGGGGGAAAGGAUGAAGCGUGAAGGUUAUCUUCCAAAUACAGAUUAUGUUUUGCAAGAUGUUGAUAGAGAGGAAAAGGAAGAAAAUUUAUGCAGCCACAGUGAGAAGCUUGCUGUUGCAUUUGGAGUUCUGAACUUGAAUGGAGAAUCAGUUAUUCGAGUGUUUAAGAACUUGAGGAUUUGUGGAGACUGCCACAAUGCUAUCAAGUUCAUGGCAAAGAUUAUUCAAGUGCAGAUCAUUGUAAGAGACAAUGUGAGGUUUCAUCAUUUUAGAGAUGGUUCUUGUUCAUGUCGGGAUCUAUGGUGAUUUAUAAACAAUAAUACAUGCAUACCAAAUUCAUACAAGCAAAUCUCCAUGGGACAUGUUCAAAGUGUAAGAAGGCAUAUGCCUGUUGAAAAGAGAUGAUAAACUGGGCAGACUAAGCCCUCUGUUUGCUCGACAGUAUGGCAAUGUCAAUCAUGAUUGAAUC